AUGGCACUAGAGAUUAUCAUAGCGAUGCUCUUCUUUCUCUCACUUAGGCAUUGGUGUAGAAACAGCAACUCCCACAUUACAAAUUGGCCUAUUGUUAGAAUGAUGGCAGCGCUUCUUUGCAACCCAGGGCGAAUUUUUGAGUUUUUCACCCCUCUUCUUAAUUUGUGUGGGGGAACUUUCAAGUUUGAGGGAUUUUGGUUUCCUAGCUUGGACUUUGUUCUCAUCAGCAACCCCGUGAAUAUCUAUCACAUUUUGUGUAGGAACUUUGAUAACUAUGAGAAGGGUUCAGAGUUCAGGGAAAGUUUUGAACCCUUCGGAGAAGUGAAACAGGGGAGCCAAGUGGACCCUGAAGAUGUACUUCAGCGGUUCGACUGCGACCACAUAUGCUUGUUAGCAUUAGGUUUUGACCCGAAAUCUCCAUCUACUGAAUUUCCAAAAGUUUCGAGCAAAGUGGCAUUCGAGGAAGUAGAGGAGGCUUUGCUGCAUAGGAAUAUCCUGCCUGUAAGCAUUUGGAGGUUGCAAAGAUGGCUUCAAAUCGGAGAGGAGAAGAAGUUGACCUUUACGGUCGAAGAAGAAGGAGAAAUGAGUAGACUCGAAAAAUCUGAUAAGUUUCUAAGAGACACUGCAUACAGUUUCAUUACAGCAGGCAAGGACACUAUAAGCACUGGCCUUUCUUGGUUUUUCUGGCUUAUUGCAACACAUCCAUACGUAGAAAGCAAAAUUUUAGAAGAGAUCAAGGGGCAUUCCCCAGCAAGGAAAGAUAGGAACCUGAUGCCUUUUACCGGGGAAGAGAUGAACAAAUUCGCAUGCCCACAUGCAGCCUUAUGUGAAACAUUAAGAAGCGGAAAUCGUGUUGAUGAGGGAGCAAGGAUCUUUAUUUCUUUCUAUUCAAUGGGAAGGACGGAAGAAAUAUGGGGUAAAGACUGUUCAGAAUUCAAGCCGGAAAGGUGGACAUCGGAGCGUGGAGAUCUCAUACCUGUACCAUCUUACAAGUUCAUACCAUUUAGUGCAGGGCCAAGAGUUUGUUUAGGGAAGGACUUGAGUUUCAAACAGAUGAAGACUGUGGCAAUUAACGUACUUUGGAAUUCCCAAGUUGAAGUUUUGGAGUGCCAAACUGUUUUCCCAAGCAGUCAGUCAACCGGACUUCACUUUGAAAAUGGUUUGGAGGUUAGAAUCAAGAAAAGAUAUGUUUAA